AUGAGGCCAAGCAGAGUCAACCUAGUAUGCUCUGAGAACAGCGGAGUACAGAAUGCUAAUUCAUUAUUUGGAUCCAAUCUUGCUAGUCUGUGUCAGAGAGAGAAUAGCACAGUGCCAAAGUUUGUGAAGUUAUGUAUCGAACAUGUUGAAGAACAUGGUCUGGAUGUUGAUGGGAUAUACAGAGUAAGUGGCAACCUUGCAGUGAUCCAGAAGCUACGAUUUGCAGUGAAUCAUGAUGAGAAAUUGGACUUGAAUGAUAGUAAAUGGGAAGAUAUUCAUGUUAUCACUGGAGCACUGAAAAUGUUUUUUCGAGAAUUACCAGAACCUCUUUUCACAUUUAAUCAUUUUAAUGAUUUUGUUAAUGCAAUUAAACAAGAACCAAGACAGCGAGUUGCUGCUGUUAAGGACCUAAUCAGACAGUUGCCGAAGCCAAAUCAAGAUACAAUGCAGGUUCUUUUCAGACAUCUCAAAAGAGUUAUAGAAAAUGGAGAAAAAAACCGAAUGACCUAUCAGAGUAUAGCAAUUGUUUUUGGUCCUACUCUAUUAAAGCCAGAGAAAGAGACUGGUAAUAUAGCAGUUCAUACUGUGUACCAAAAUCAGAUUGUAGAAUUAAUUCUUCUGGAAUUAAGUUCCAUCUUCGGACGUUGAUUCUUACUGAAGAAAACCUGCGGAAUAGAAGCUGGAUUCCAUCAGAUUUCAAAUCUUUAUACAUAAUGUAUUUUAUUUUUUGGACCAAGCAGUGACUUUUGAUUUUGCACUUUUUUGAGGGAUCAGAAGGGAAGGGAAGAGGCCCUCAUAUUUGCUGCUUUGUUGCGAGUUGAUAGAACUGUGUGUGAUUUUGAAUUCAUUCUAUCCUGAAUGUUUGCAUUUCAUACUCUGAAUUUCAGUAAAAAGCAAAACUUACAAUUCUAA